AUCAUUGAUGGAUUCAUUUUUACUUUGUCUGUUUGUAGGUAUUUUAAUGAUCUGCAUGUAUUUGAUCUGGAUCAAUUCAAGUGGCAAGAAAUUAAACCCACGCCUGGCUGCAUGUGGCCAAGUGCUAGGAGUGGUUUCCAGUUUUUUGUCUACCAAGAUGAGAUACUUUUAUAUGGUGGCUAUUCCAAAGAAGUAUCAGAUAAGAACAGCUCUGAGAAAGGAAUUGUUCAUUCAGAUAUGUGGUCCCUUGAUCCGAGAACUUGGGAAUGGAACAAGGUGAAGAAAAGUGGGAUGCCUCCUGGACCUCGUGCUGGAUUUUCUAUGUGCGUACACAAGAAGAGGGCUUUGCUAUUCGGGGGUGUAGUAGAUAUGGAAAUGAAAGGUGAUGUGUUAAUGAGUUUAUUCUUGAAUGAGCUUUAUGGCUUCCAGUUAGACACCCGUCGAUGGUACCCACUAGAGUUAAGGAAGGAGAAGUCAACUAAAGAUAAGACAAAAAAGAGGUCAGAACAAGAUAGUAAUGGUUGCUCUACUGACAAUAAGAAUAAUCUGGUUGACCUAGAAGAUCGAGGAGCAAAUGAAAUGCAUGAAGACUCAGAUAACUAUGAAGAAGCACUCAAUGCGGAAAGUGGCAUUAAUGAAACAUCUCAUCAUAUGACGAGGAAUCUUACCAUUGAUGAUAAAAUGCCUCGUGAAAAUAUUGUUAGUUCCGAUCAGAAAACAUUCACUGCAUAUGAGGUGGUGAAACCUUGUGGACGUAUCAAUUCUUGCAUGGUUGUGGGGAAAGAUACAUUAUACAUUUAUGGGGGCAUGAUGGAGGUCAGAGAUCGAGAAGUUUCACUUGAUGAUCUCUACACUCUUAAUCUCAGCAAACUUGAUGAGUGGAAGUGCCUGAUACCGGCAUCUGAAUCUGAAUGGUUAGAAGCUUCAGAGGAUGAAGAUGAGGAUGAGGAUGGGGAUGAGGAUGAUACAGAAGAUGGAGAAAGCAAUAGUGGGAGCGACAGUGAUGAAACAGAUGAUGACAUUGACAACAAUCUUGAGCCUGUGAAAGAUGUUGCAAAAUCAAUUGAUGUGGGAGAUGCUGUUGCCAUAUUGAAGGGUGGGGGAAAAAAUCUCCGCAGAAAGGAGAAACGAGCAAGGAUAGAACAGAUCAGGGCCAAUCUUGGCCUCUCAGAUUCACAGAGGACUCCAAUGCCUGGAGAAUCUUUGAAGGAUUUUUUUAGACGGACGAAUUUGUAUUGGCAAAUGGCAGCCCAUGAGCACACUCAACACACUGGAAAGGAGCUCCGCAAAGAUGGGUUUGAUCUUGCAGAAGCUCGAUACAAGGAGCUCAAACCUAUCCUUGAUGAGUUGGCCAUACUAGAAUCUGAGCAGAAGGCUGAGGAGGAAGAAGCAGGAGAGACUAGUUCUAGAAAGAGAGGUAACAAGAAAAUAGGGAAGAAGCCUCAAAGGUAGCUGUCAUCUCAAGGCUUGGUCACCUGUAUCUGUUUGCUAUAGUUUGAUACCGCGAGUGUUGCAUCUCUAUUCUCAGUAAGGUGCAAUUUGGUGGUAUGAGGAUCCGAUUUUAUGCCGUUAAAUUACACACUACACAUUUGCAUAUGUGUGUACUUGUCAAGGUGGUGUGUUGAACAGCUGAUGAACCUGAUAGGACCUAAGGUGGUCAAGUUGGUUGCUGUCUUGUACAUCAUGAUUUUGCAUUAGCACUCAUCGAAGCACACUAGCCAUUUGAUAGUCCUGAUAUUUUGUGGUAGAAGGUAGAAUAAUUGUCUGCAAUUCAUAUGUUAUUCUUAAUAUCUAAAUGACAAUGACCAGUUGCAUCUCCUGGUCCUGAUUUUUUUUUUUUAUUGACACUUUCAGAUCACAAUGGACUAUUAAUUUAUGUUUUGAGAUUUUUUUUUC